UCGUUAAAAAUCGACGAAAUCAUAGAAGUGCGCGUUGUUAAGGUCUGUUGACGACUCGGAUAGAUUGCAUCUUGAUGUUGUACAAAUCGGUAGCAAAGAAUUUACUUCCCUUGCAACCUGUUUCAACACGAUUGUUAACAAAUACUGCAUUUCAACGAACCCCCGCAAUCAGGCCAGCCCUGGAGCAUAUUAAUAAUGACAAAGAUGUAUUAUUUCUAACAAUAAGCUUGUCAAAAAUGCUUUCAAUGUGUAGCUGCCGGGCAUGAAACAUAGCGUGAGCUUUUCAGAGGAAUGUGAGAGAUUGCUGACUACCAAAACAAGUAUCGAAAGUUACGUUCACUGUCAGAUAUGAAACAGAAAGACAAAUGAAUUCUCUGGUGCCUCCUGAAGCGAGAUUCUUGGCUCUUGGAAGCAAAGGUGUCGGCAAGUCAGCUUUAACUGUCCGUUUCCUGACGAAGAGGUUCAUUGGCGAGUAUCAAUCAAUAAUGCAACUGACAUACAGUCACAAAAUAAAGCUUGACGACGAGUAUCUUACAUUCGAACUGCGUGACGCAAUCGAAAAGAGUGAUACAUCGCAAGUCGACAAGGACAUCCGCUGGGCAGACGCAUUCCUUGUUGUAUAUUCCAUUACGGAUAAAAACAGCUUCAACAACGCUAUACAACUGGUUGAGACCAUUUACGACGGCAAAGGCACCGAUGAGUUGCAUGUUGCUCUUGUGGGAAACAAGACAGAUCUGGAGCACUUUAGAAAAGUGACCACAAAGGAGGGCCAGUCAGCUGCCGAGCAGCUUGGGUGCAUGUUCUUUGAAGUUUCUGCUGCUGAAAAUUAUGAUAAUGUCCAGGAAGCUCUAAACGUGGUUUUUCGCAAGGUCGCACUACACAAGAAAUACAUACGACAGGAGAAAGAAAAAAGAAAGAACACCCACCCACAAAUCGAGAAAAAGAAACAGAAAUUUGGCAAUUCUCUGUUUAACUGGAAAAAUGAGAAAAAGAGAAGUCCAAGACGUGCAGAAACGCUUUAAUUUUAUAGUUUACGUUCGUUCAUGCAGGAUGAGACGAAAAAUCCCUGUAUUUAAACAGAUAAGAAAACACUAUACCGAAGUUAUUUAACGCUUAGCGCAGUCUAAUAAUAGUAGGGUAGAAUAUUUCCUUCUUAUCCUCACGUAACUUUGACAUUAAGGCAAGAAUGUGCAAGAGAGUCUGUUUUAGGCAAAGAUUCGUUACUGCGCCUUUCAAUAACAUGCGGACUCUAAAAUUCAAAGCUCAACCGACAAAUGCGUUUUUCGCUACCG